AACACAUAACUACCCUUUCGUUCUCCGUCUCGUUACGUCCAAUAAUCCCGUAACGUCAUAACUAACGAAGGGUUCUUUUGUCAAUUCAUGCUGAGAGUGAGGAACCUCGCAUACCCAAAAACGAUCUCAGAAGCUCAAACAUCAAGUAACGUUUUGUUCUCUGAAAUUCAGAUCGUUCAACAUUGUUCACUAACUAUUUCUUUUUCACCUUCAAGAUUCAGCCGAGUUCGCAGCUCAUGGCUCCGACAUCGUAGUGUAGACGCGUCCGCAUUGGAUUCCCGUCAAAGAUCUCAACCUCCGCGACGUAGCCGAGUCGCAACUCGCUCCGAGCUCGGGAAUGGCUUCUUCGGAAGCCUAUUCCCGUCUGAGGCUGGUCGUGGUACCCGCGCUUGAGAAGAUAAUCAAGAACGCGUCGUGGCGGAAGCAUGCCAAACUCACUCAUGAGUGCAAAUCCGUCAUUGAGAGGCUCGGCCUCCAGCACCAGCAUUUUCCGACGCCGGGAUCUCCCUCCGACAAUGAACCGGACGUUCCUGGUCCGCUCCAUGACGGAGGUCCGUUGGAGUUCUCCUUGGCAGAGUCCGAGUCAAUCCUCAUGCCUCUCAUCAAUGCUGCCGGCUCCGGAGUCCUCAAGAUCGCCGAUCCCGCCGUGGACGCCAUCCAGAAGCUCAUUGCGCAUGGCUUCAUCCGCGGCGAGGCGGAGCCGGCCUCCGGUGCUGCGGCGCCGGAGGCGAAGCUCCUGUCCAAGCUCAUUGAAUCGGUCUGCAAAUGUCACGAUUUCGGCGACGAUGCGAUGGAGUUACUGGUCCUCAAGACCUUGCUCUCCGCCGUGACGUCAAUUUCGCUCCGCAUCCACGGUGAUUCCUUGCUUCUCAUUGUGCGAACCUGCUACGAUAUAUAUCUCGUGAGCAACAAUGUGGUGAAUCAAACGACCGCGAAGGCGUCGUUGAUCCAAAUGCUGGUGAUCGUGUUCCGUCGCAUGGAGGCGGAUUCCUCGACUGUGCCGAUUCAACCGAUCGUAGUGGCGGAAUUGAUGGAGCCUGCAGAGAAAUCCGAUGAAGACAAUUCAAUGACGCAGUUUGUGCAGGGCUUUAUAACGAAGAUAAUGCAGGACAUUGACGGCGUUUUGAACCCUACGGCGCCAAGUGGGAAGGUUAAUUUGCUAGGUGGGCACGACGGUGCGUUCGAGACCACCACGGUGGAGACUACGAACCCUACUGACUUGUUGGAUUCUACUGAUAAAGACAUGUUGGAUGCUAAGUAUUGGGAGAUUAGUAUGUAUAAGACGGCGUUAGAGGGACGGAAGGGGGAGCUUGUGGAUGGGGAAGUGGUGGAGAGGGACGAUGAUUUAGAGGUUCAGAUUGGGAAUAAGUUGAGGAGAGAUGCUUUUUUGGUGUUUAGGGCGCUUUGUAAGUUGUCCAUGAAGACGCCUCCAAAGGAGGCGGUAGGAGACCCGCAGUUGAUGAAGGGGAAGAUCGUGGCUCUGGAGUUGCUGAAGAUUUUGCUGGAGAAUGCUGGGGCUGUGUUCAGGACUAGUGACAGGUAUUUCGUUUUACUGAAAUUCAUUUUCAGGUAUUGUGUAUUAUUUUAUUUUUGCUGCUAGAUGCAGGACGGAGAA